UCAAGAAUUGUAUUUAUUAUUCGUGAAAUGGAAAUUCGAGAUAAUCUGUCUGUAUCGCAAUUUAAAAAAUUUAUGUACUUAUACUCAUCAACGGAUGUACCACGACAGACAUAUGCGGAUAUGUUAACGCUGAAAUUGCUAUUCCUUCGUCCGGAGCCUUUACAAUCAAUGAAAGAAUGUUGCCUAAAGGUGUCAGUACUACCACUGAGAUUUAAUAUCGAUCAGGAUGCGUUAAUAUUUUUAAGAAAAUUUUUUACGACCGUCAAUGGUAAUACAUGUAGUGAUACUGACAUGCAAAAUCGUGAACCUUCGCUUCCUAUUGUACAAGAUGCAGCCGCUGUAAGAAAUAUUUACUCGCACGAACCAGACGGAUCAAUAGACGAUACAAACAGCGAGAUACCUCCUUUGUAUAUCAAAUCUUUCGUAUUUACACCAGAUUUACUGAUUAGAAUUGAUUAUCAGGGUAAAAGAAUUGAUACGCAACAGGGCUUAAUUGCUGGUAUCAUAAUGGGCUUAGCGCAAUUUAAUAGUUCAGAAUUAAAGUUUAAGUCUCUCUCAUGCAAGAGCGGAUUGCUUGGUUUUAAUAAACUACUGGAAUAUAUCACUACUGAAUGGUUGAAUCACUUAAAGAGUCAAUUUCCUACUUUGCUUGGUUCUGUUGGACCAAUGACAACUAUCGUACAAUUAAUUCAUGGAUUUGUUGAUUUAUUGUGGUUGCCCGUACAGCAAUAUCGCAAAGACGGUAGAAUUCUACGUGGUGUUCAACGUGGUGCAAGUUCGUUCACAACAUCGUCGACUACAGCUUUACUAGAAUUUACAGGGCGCAUUAUUUCUGCUUUACAGCAUGCAGCAGAGUUUACUUAUAAUAUCGUAACUCCAGAAGUCCCUGGCAGUAAACAACGAAUUCAGCAUCGACAUGUUGCUAUUAGAAAAUCGAAUAAUGCCCCAGCUAAUGUUAAGGAAGGAUUAUCGAGGGCAAUGCAAGUAGUAACGGAGGGAUUUAAUGAAACAGCAUCAACAAUGAUGUACGUUGCUUCCAGGGAGCGCGAAGAAAAAGGUGUUUCUGGAGCUGUGGGUGGAAUAUUGAAACGGUUACCUUCUGCAGUAGUUCAGCCAUUUAUAUUAGCAACUCAGGCAACUAAUCAAGUGAUUGAUGGUGUUAAAAAUCAACUAGUGCCUGACGCAUUACACGAAGCAACGGAGAAAUGGAAAGCAGAAAAAAGUGAUGAAGACUUACAAUAA